AUGGCGCGCUUGGCGCUGGGCAGCAGGGCGCGCGGGCGCGCUGGGAAGCGGGGCGCGCUGGCGCGCUGGGAAGCGGGGCGCGCUGGCGCGCUGGGCAGCGGGGCGCGCUGGCGCGCUGGGCAGCGGGGCGCGCUGGCGCGCUGGGCAGCGGGGCGCGCUGGCGCGCUGGGCAGCGGGGCGCGCUGGCGCGCUGGGCAGCGGGGCGCGCUGGCGCGCUGGGCAGCGGGGCGCGCUGGCACGUUGGGCAGCGGGGCGCGCUGGCGCGCUGGGCAGCGGGGCGCGCUGGCGCGCUGGGCAGCGGGGCGCGCAUGCUCGUUGGGCAGCGGGGCGCGCUGGCGCGCUGGGCAGCGGGGCGCGCUGGCGCGCUGGGCGCGCUGUUCAGCGGGGCGCGCUGGCGUGCCUCUGCCUUUCGCCGCUGUUAGCCUCUGCCUUUCGCCGCUGCGGAGCCUCUGCCUUUCGCCGCUGCGGAGCCUCUGCCUUUUCGCCGCUGCGGAGCCUCUGCCUUUCGCCGCUGCGGAGCCUCUGCCUUUCGCCGCUGCGGAGCCUCUGCCUUUCGCCGCUGCGGAGCCUCUGCCUUUCGCCGCUGCGGAGCCUCUGCCUUUCAUCAAUGUUGUUAUUUCAAAGUCAAAAGCUGACAGCAAAAAAACCAAGCACAUGGCAAGAGCUCACAGCUAA